AUGGAGUCCCGGCCGCCUUCUGUCCCCCAUCCACCGUUUCCUCGCCCGUCACUCUUCAGCACCGCUCCUCAACACUCCCCCCAGUAUGUUUCGCGAACAGACGCACGAGCGCAUGCGCCUUACGACGCCCUACAUCGACAGGAGAGCGAACCGUCUCGCACCGCGUCCGCGUUUGGCUACAUGUCUUCACAAUCGUACAAUCCAGAUAUGAGGUCUCAGACUCGGUCGACAUCACCUACGCGUUUCGGCGCAAUGCAAUCUGACGCCGCAAAACACUCUGCUGUUGCUUCGCCCGCCAAACAUAAUGGAUUUUUUGGGAAAGAAACAAACUUAGAAGCGUCUUCCGCACAACCUCUGAGCCAUCGUCAGAUGCCUCCUCCGUCGCCUCCACAACCGUAUCCGUCCCGGAACACAUCCGGAUCUCUAUCUCACACGUCACAAAAUCUUUUUUCUCGUGAUCAAGGCCUAAUACCGACACAUCGCCCUGGCAGCAGCAUGUCCAUUUCUUCAAUGCUCGGGUCAGAUCCCGAUCGGCCCACCCGCGAUCAUCCAACCUCACUGUUUUCUCGACCAUCCGUAUCGACCUCUGCUUUUGGAGCCUCGCGCCCCUCUGCGGGAGCGAUGUCGCCUCCUACAGCUCCCGCACGGCCGGCAUCCUCUGUCGACAAUCCACUUCUGGGUCGCUCACAGACCCCGGACAAACCGUAUGGUAAGGACGCUUUCUCCCGACAGUCCUCGAGAUCCGACUCCGGUGGCUUAUCAUCAGAAUCAACAAAACUUGGCUUCGGGAGGAGUUCGUUCUCACAAUACCCCGAAAAAGGUUCAAGUUCACAGAAAUCCCCUCAUAUUACUUCUUCCGAUCUCUCCUUCGCCCACUCCCGCAGAGUGAGUGGCAACGGUUCUAUUCAACGCCCUAAUAGCCAACCACAACAUGAAGAUACCCGACCUACCGCAUAUAGUCCUCGUUCUCGAGUGUUAAGUGAUGGGCUUUUCGGAAACGCGCAACGUCAUGCCUCCUACGCCGAUCACGAAGCCCGUCAACCUCUACGAUACGGUGGAAUUUACUCGGACAGGGCUAGAGAGGAACAGUUGGCGCGAGAAAGAGAGAUGGAAAGGGAAAGGGAAAGGGAACGAAAUUCUCUGCAUGAUGCGGAUCACAAAUCAUCUUUAGGAAUGCUGCAUGGUAGAUAUGGAACUCAUCCCGGUGAACGGGACUCUGACCGAGCCCAUAACCACCAGUCAUGGGAAACUGGAAGAAGUCAGCCUCCGUCCCCCGAAACUCGGCGUUUCACAACUUCCUCUGAACCAGGAUCCGGGUUUGGCUUUGGUGCUAUUCAAAGCUACACAAAAUCCCUUGGCUCGCAAUUAGGGGCUUCGCGCAAUGGCCCGACAUCCGCCCCGCCACACUCGAGCUUCUCCCUUAAUUCUCGUCAGGAACAGCCAACACCACCUCACGAGCAACCGUUUCCAGGAAAAUCCCAGACACAAUCUCGUCCACUUCUAGUGACUUCAAUACCUUCGGCAAGUCAGCCAUCGAUCGGCGUUCCAGGCUCGGCACCAUCCGACGAACAACAUCGGAAGGGCAGUGAUGAUUUGAUGCAGCACCGAAAUCUGCUUGGGCUAGCAGCGGAUGGCAAGCGUGCUGGCCGUGCGUCACCACUGCCGCAGGCCGUACAAGGAGCUCAAGCCCAGUUUAUUGGCCCAGCUGGCGAGCCUGGAAUCAAAGGGGAGCUAGGCAGGGUAUUUGCAGGUAUUGGUAGUGGCGUGGGCACCGGUGCUUCUAGCUCAACGGGAAGCGGACCCUCCACACCCAUGACCCCUAGUCCAUUCAAACGAGACAGUAUUAACGGCCAACCCGAGCAAGUGGAUGAUGUUAAAAAUGGUCGCGGUGCAGUCACCCUCGGCGGUAGAAAGAGGAGCUCAAAGGACGAAGAAAUUCAGGGCGAAGGAAUUGAGCAGGCGCAGUAUUUCCGGAGUGUGUCGGCUCGAGGUGGCUCUCGUCGCGGACGGCAUGUCCAUCACCAUCAUCACCAUCAUCAUCACCACCGAUACAAGAAUGAAGAUGACGGUGCUUCAUCACGUAUGCUCGCUGGACCAACGAGUGUUUUACCUAAAGCGGUAGCGCCCACUGAUUCGAUAAACUCCUUAGCAAAUGCCGCUUCAGCGCACCACCAUCACCACCACCAUCAUCAUCACAAUGUGCCUCGUGGCGUGUCUUCAAAUGUUACCUCUAUUCCAGCACCUUUCUCUUUACGGGAGGCCCGAACUUCAGUCAACAUUGAGCCAUUGUUAAAAAGCGUCGCUAAACUGCCGCGACAUCAUCUUGGUUCAACGUUGUAUGCUCCCCGCAUCGGGGUGCCAAGUGCAAAUUCUUCGGUGGAAAGUCAAAAGUUCGGAUACACCAGCACUCCGGUGCCCAUCCCUCGCUUUGAAGGAAAAGAGAACUGCACGUUCACAGUGCGUGUGCCUCGUUUUCGUAUUGAUUCGAGCCACCGAGAAGAGAUUUGCGCGCGCCGAGCGCUGUGGGGAACUGGGGUAUAUACCGACGAUUCAGACCCAGUGGCAGCAGCUAUUCACUCAGGAUAUAUCCGCGGGGAAUGGGGCGAAGAUGUUGAUAUCUCGAUGCUCGACCUCGAGAUUAAGAGUGAUUAUCAUCAUGCCCCACAGCCUGCCACGGACGCAUCAUCGUCAGGGAAACCGACGAUCCCGCCCGUGCCUCCGGCAAACAAAGAUUUGCACAUCACCUUGCUCAUUCUGCCGCGACUGGAGCGCUACGAGUCGAGUCUUAUGUUCGGGAUCAAGUCUAGAGCCUGGGAAGGUAGACAUGAUGGCAUGAGCUACAAAAUUGAGCGCAUCGAAUGGGUGGACGAAGGAUCAACACGAGGCGAGGAGCGCAGUGGAGCGGCACGGCGAAAGCGUCUGCGCAACAUGAUGCAAACCGGGCGAAUUUGCACAGGGCCAGGUCUUUUACGGAUGCGAGGUGCUCCAGGCGCGUUGCUAGGCGAGAACACCGACAGAGUUACUAGUCAAACCCCUGCAUCAGCCGCGAUGCAGCCUGUAUCAUGA